UACCAAAGCGAACCAAUCCCAGCACCAUCGGUGCUCAUCUGGUCGCUCUACUCCGGGUUCACCUCCUUCCUCGCCAUAUCCCUCCUGGGCAUAAUUCAAACAUACGGGCCAGCAAUCCACACCCACAAUCUACCCUUUGCUAUAGCUCCAGCGGGCGCCUCCGCCGUACUUCUCUUUGCCGUCCCGUCCUCACCACUCUCGCAGCCGCGCAUCGUUGUUAUGAGUCACGUCAUAUCUGCGCAAGUCGGGGUGUUCAUGUAUGAGGCAUUUAAACACGUGGAUGGGUCACUGGUGUGGCUGUCAGGGGCGUUGGCGGUGGGUCUGGCGGUGGUUUUAAUGGGAUUGCUUAAUUGCUAUCAUCCGCCGGCUGGCGCCACAGCGUAUUUGGCCGGGUUCUUUUCAGCUGAUGUGAAGAGAGUCGGGUGGUGGUUUCCGUUAUAUCCGGUUUUGCCCGUCAGCCUUGUGAUGGUGACGGUUGCUGUGGUGGUGAAUAAUGUUUGCCGCGUUUAUCCGCUGUACUGGAUU